AUGCUCUAUCCGAAGGAAGACAAAGAAGAACGUAUACUGACAUACGCAUGUCGAAAUUGCGAAUAUCAAGAACCAGCCGAAAAUCAGUGUGUCUAUAAGAAUGACCUCGAUAAUGCCAUGGAGCAAACCACAUCCGAGAUCAAAGAUUUAGCAGCAGACCCAACAUUACCACGCACAAAGAAAACAUGUCCGAAAUGCGGUCACGACGAAGCCGUGUUCUUUCAAUCACCGUCGCGUCGACCCGACACGAAAAUGACCUUGUUUUACGCGUGUGCUGAUGUUAAACGGUGUGGAUACCGAUGGACGUAUCGAUGGACAUGGAAUGAUGGUCAUGGAGAGGCUGAAAGUAUUGGAUUGACACGUCAAGAAGCGGAAGAGGAUGAUCUACAAUUAUUAGACGAUCAGUUGCAACAAAUGGGCGAGGAAGAGGAUUUAGACGAAGAUUGGAAAUUGUUACAGGAUAAUACUAAUGGUGGCGUUGAUGUUGAUGUUAUUGAAGAAUAA